CAACGAAGGAAAAUCAAAAUGAGCGGCAGAGGAAAGGGAGGCAAAGGGCUCGGGAAAGGAGGCGCCAAGCGUCACCGUAAGGUUCUCCGUGAUAACAUCCAGGGUAUUACCAAACCCGCUAUCCGCCGUCUGGCUCGCCGCGGCGGUGUGAAGCGUAUCUCCGGUCUGAUCUACGAGGAGACCCGCGGUGUUCUCAAGGUUUUCCUGGAGAACGUGAUCCGUGACGCUGUGACCUACACCGAGCACGCAAAGAGAAAGACUGUGACCGCCAUGGACGUGGUGUACGCCCUGAAGAGACAGGGCCGCACUCUGUACGGCUUCGGAGGUUCUCCAGCACCAGCCCCCGCUCCGGCCAAAGCCAAGGCCCCCAAGAAGAAGGCUGCCGCCAAGAAGAAGGAUGGCCCCAGCCUCCAGAAGCUCAUCACCGGAGAGAUCGCUGCGUCUAAGGAGCGCAAAGGUGUCUCCGUGGCCGCGCUGAAGAAGGCACUGGCCGCGAAGGGCGUGGAUGUGACCAAGGCAAACAAGCGCAUCAACACCUCGCUGAAGAAAUUGGUGACUUCAGGCGCAGUGAGUCAGACUAAGGGCACGGGCGCAUCCGGCUCCUUCAAACUGGCCAAGACCGAGGCCAAGCCCAAGACCGUGAAGAAGAAGGCCGCCGCUAAACCCAAGAAGCCCGCGGUAAAGAAAGCAGCCAGCCCCAAGAAGAAGGUCGCUGCUAAGAAGCCCGCAGCCAAGAAGCCCAAGUCCCCGGCCAAGAAAGCGGUGAAGAAGGCAGCAGCCCCCAAGAAAGCGGCUAAGAAGCCUGCCAAGAGCCCCAAAAAGGCAGCGCCCAAGAAGCCCAAGGCCGUGAAGAAGAGCCCAAAGAAGGCCCCCGCUAAGAAGGCUGCUCCCAAGAAGGCCAAGAAAACACCCAGAGCACAGAAAAUGGCCAGAACUAAGCAAACUGCGCGUAAAUCCACCGGAGGAAAAGCUCCCAGGAAGCAGCUCGCCACCAAGGCUGCCCGAAAGAGCGCCCCGGCCACCGGAGGUGUCAAGAAGCCUCACCGCUACAGGCCCGGGACCGUGGCUCUGAGGGAGAUCCGCCGUUACCAGAAGUCCACCGAGCUGCUCAUCCGCAAACUGCCCUUCCAGCGUCUGGUCAGGGAGAUCGCCCAGGACUUCAAAACCGACCUGCGUUUCCAGAGCUCCGCCGUCAUGGCUCUGCAGGAGGCCAGCGAGGCUUACCUGGUGGGUCUGUUUGAGGACACCAACCUGGCGGUGUCGUCAAAAAUGAGCGGCAGAGGAAAAGGAGGCAAAGGGCUCGGGAAAGGAGGCGCUAAGCGUCACCGUAAAGUUCUCCGUGAUAACAUCCAGGGCAUCACUAAACCCGCUAUCCGCCGUCUGGCUCGCCGUGGCGGUGUGAAGCGUAUCUCCGGUCUGAUCUACGAGGAGACUCGCGGUGUCCUUAAGGUUUUCCUGGAGAACGUGAUCCGUGACGCCGUCACCUACACCGAGCACGCCAAGAGAAAGACUGUGACCGCCAUGGACGUGGUGUACGCCCUGAAGAGACAGGGCCGCACUCUGUACGGCUUCGGAGGUUAAACUGU